AUGGAUUAUUCGGAGAGCAUCAACUCCAGUGAUCUAAACAACAGCUGCCUUUCUGGAGACUGCAUUACCCUGGAGUCCUUAUCAUGCCCCAACACUUUAAACAAGAGUGCUCUGUUAUAUACGCUUGCCAUUGUCUACAUCUUCAUCUUUGUUAUGGGACUUCUGGCCAAUUCUGUUGUAAUUUGGCUCAAUAUUCAGUCCAAGACCACUGGCUAUGAGACUCACCUUUACAUUUUUAAUUUGGCUGUGGCUGACCUCUGUGUCCUUCUAACUCUACCAGUCUGGGUAGUGUCAUUAGUACAACAUAACCAAUGGCCAAUGGGUGAGAUGACCUGCAAGAUAACUCACCUGAUCUUUAGUAUUAAUCUUUACAGCAGCAUUUUCUUCCUCACAUGUAUGAGCGUUGAUCGCUACUUGUCGGUGUCAAUGCGUGGAGCUGUUGGUAAACGCAGAAGGAAGAUAAUACGCCGAAUGGUUUGUGUUCUUGUCUGGCUUGUUGCCUUUGUAGUCUCCCUUCCAGACACCUACUAUUUAAAAACUGUAUCUUCCCCAGUCACCAAUGAAACAUACUGUCGUUCCAUGUAUCCAGAGGAAUCUGUCAAAGAGUGGCUACUGGGAAUGGAAAUUCUUUCCAUUGUGCUGGGAUUUGUCAUUCCUUUUCCAGUUAUUGCAGUCUUCUACUGUAUGUUGGCCUUAACUUCAGCCGGAGACCAAGAGAGAAGAAUUAGUGGAAGGCUAAUAGUUUCUUAUGUUGUCGUAUUUAUGGUUUGUUGGUUGCCAUACCAUGUUAUGGUAUUGCUGGAUGUCUUGUCCUUCCUCCAGGUCCUGCCAUUCACCUGCACAUUUGAUAACUUCCUGUAUGCUGGACUUCACAUUACGCAAUGUUACUCACUCCUGCAUUGCUGCAUCAAUCCAAUCUUGUACAGUUUCAUCCACAGGAACUACCGCUAUGAGAUCAUGAAGGCCUUUAUAUUCCGCUACUCUUCUAAGACUGGGCUUACCAAGCUAAUUGACUCUUCUAAGGUCUCUGAAGCAGAAUAUUCUACUGUAGACCAAAUCCCCAAGUGA